GUAGACUGGUCCAUUGAUGAGAUAUUAGAUUUGAACGUUUAUAUUUUACGUCUCCACUUUUGAUUUGUUAACACAGUCUGGAAUUAAACAAAGAUGGCAGUGCCUACAGCUGACAAGGUACAGGAAAUCAGAGAGGUCACUAGGAUCGAGCGAAUUGGUGCUCAUUCUCAUAUCCGAGGUUUAGGUCUUGAUGAUGCUUUGGAAGCUCGCAAUGUGUCACAGGGAAUGGUGGGACAGAUGGAUGCUAGGCGAGCAGCUGGUGUCAUCCUUGAAAUGAUUAAGGAGGGAAAAAUUGCUGGAAGAGCACUGUUAAUAGCUGGACAUCCUGGUACUGGGAAAACUGCCAUAGCUAUGGGUAUGGCUCAAGCACUGGGUUCUGAUACACCAUUUACAAGUAUAGCUGGCAGUGAAAUAUUCUCUCUUGAGAUGGGGAAAACAGAGGCUCUUACCCAAGCAUUCAGGAAAUCCAUCGGAGUUAGAAUCAAAGAAGAGACUGAGAUUAUAGAAGGUGAAGUUGUAGAGAUACAGAUAGACAGACCUGCUACAGGAACUGGUGCAAAAGUUGGCAAGUUGACACUAAAGACGACAGAGAUGGAGACCAUAUACGAUCUUGGGCAGAAAAUGAUAGAAUCUCUUACUAAGGAAAAAGUACAGGCUGGGGAUAUCAUAACAAUAGACAAAGCUACCGGCAAGAUUACAAAACUUGGAAGAUCAUUUACGAGAGCAAGAGAUUAUGAUGCUAUGGGAGCUCAGACAAAAUUUGUGCAAUGUCCUGAAGGGGAGUUACAGAAGAGAAAAGAAGUAGUACAUACUGUAACAUUACACGAGAUAGAUGUCAUUAACAGUAGAACACAGGGUUUCCUUGCUCUCUUCUCAGGUGAUACUGGUGAGAUAAAAUCAGAGGUUCGUGAACAAAUUAACAGUAAAGUUGCUGAAUGGAGAGAAGAGGGUAAAGCUGAAAUUGUUCCUGGGGUGUUAUUCAUUGAUGAAGUACACAUGUUGGAUAUAGAAAGUUUCUCAUUUUUAAACAGAGCAUUAGAGAGUGAUAUGGCACCUAUUUUAAUCAUGGCAACAAACAGAGGAAUCACAAGAAUACGAGGCAAAACUACCAGAGUCCACAUGGCUAUUACCUAUAGAUCUUCUAGAUAG